UUAGAGUGCCAGAAAAGAAAGUAAAGGAAUAAUAGAAGGGAUGGGGACCAUUAAGUUAUUGUUGUUGAUGUUUUUUGUGAUGGUAAUUAUGGCCAAUGGUUGUUGGGAGGAAGAGAGAAGUUCUCUCUUAGAGCUGCAAGAAAACAUAAUGAGUUCGAAUGGUGAAUUGUUGGUUGAUUGGGCAGGCUAUAAUGCCAAUGGUUUUACAGAUUGUUGUUUUUGGAAUAGGGUAAAAUGUAGCUUAGCAUCAGGUAGAGUUAUCGAACUCAAUCUCGAAACAAGGCUUGGAUCAGAGGAUGGUUGGAGAUUUAACGCCUCUCUCUUUCUUCCAUUUAAGUCACUGCAAGUUCUUUUAUUGUCUUCCAGAAAUAUUAUAGGGUGGACAAAGAAUGAAGGGUUCAGUAAACUAAGGAAGCUUCCCAACCUGAAAGUAGUCGAUUUGCAAUUUAAUCCCAUCCAUCCUAAAGUUUUAAUAUCAUCUUUAUGUUGGAUUACAUCUCUUGAGGUUCUAAAACUUGGUGCACAUGUUGGAACCACUUUCAGCAUACCGACAUAUAAUAACAGUAUAUUUUAUAUGAUUUAUUUGCUCACCAUAACAGGUAGCAAAAGAAUGAGUUCUCUGCGGAAUUUACUAUUGGGAAGUUCUAACUCCAACUCAAGCAGAGUCUUACAAUCCCUAAAAUCAUUCUCAUCUCUUAAGUCACUUUCUUAUAAAAAUAGUGAUCUCACUGCUCCGACCAUAGUUUACGCAUUAAGAAAUCUGAGCAAGAUAGAGUACCUAUACUUGAGAGGAUCUUCCUUAAAUGACAACUUUCUACCAAACAUUGGACAAAUGACUUCUCUUAAAGUGUUGAGCUUGGCUUUUGGUGCCAAUAACGGCUCCCUCCUUCAUCAAGGUUGGUGUGAACUCAAACAUAUUGAAGAGCUGGGUUUUGUACACAAUCAUUUUGAGGGAACACUGCCUUCAUGUUUGGGAAACUUGACAUCACUUCGAUGGUUGAGUUUUGCAGAGAAUUACUUGAGCGGAAAUAUAGCCUCACAUUCUAUUUGGAGUAGACUCACAUCACUUGAGUACCUGGAUAUUUCUGAUAACCAAUUUGAAGUUCCUCUGUCAUUCAGGCAAUUUUCCAACCAUACAAAAUUGAUCUACUUGAAUGUUGGUUCUAAUACAAUAAUUACAGAUACCGAAUUCCAAAAUUGGAUCCCAAAUUUCCAGUUGGAGUUUUUUGCUAUAUAUGAUUGUAUGAACCUUCAAAAAUUGCCUUCUUUCCUUCACUACCAAUAUGACUUGAGGAUUCUUGUUAUAUAUGGAAAUCAAUUGCCAGGAAACUUUCCAACAUGGUUGUUAGAAAAUAACACCAGACUUGCAGCGAUUUAUGGUAGUUAUAAUGCUUUCAACGGACCAUUGAAGUUGCCAUCGAGUCCUCACCAUAAUCUAGUGAUGAUUGAUGUUUCUAAUAACAAACUAAAUGGGCAUAUUCCAGAAAAUAUGAGUUUAGCCUUCCCAAAGCUUAGUAAUUUGAACAUGUCACAAAAUUAUCUUGAAGGUCCCAUACCUUCCAAGAUUAGUGGCAUUCAUGUAAAAACUAUAGACCUAUCUAACAAUUUCUUAUCUGGAGGAGUUCCUAGUGAUCUGGAAAUUGGUUCUCCACAAUUGUUCUACCUUCGGUUGUCAAACAACAAGCUGAAAGGAAAAAUAUUUUCGGAGGAAGUCAGGCCACAUAUCUUAUCAUUUUUGUUUUUGAAUGGCAAUAACUUUGAAGGACCACUACCUAGUAACAUUUUUCCCAGAUCCCUUAUUGUACUGGAUGCUAGCAGGAAUAAUUUCACUGGGGAGAUUCCGAGAUGGGUUAGGGAUAAUACAAGAAUGCUACAACUUGAUUUGUCCGAAAAUAAUCUCCAAGGUUCGAUUCCAGUUGAGAUUUGCAAUUUGAAGAGUAUAUAUGUCUUAGCUAUAUCCGAAAACAGGCUUUCAGGCUUUAUUCCUUCUUGUGUGAGUUCUUUACCUCUCGAACACAUACAUCUAGAGAAGAAUCAAUUGGGUGGUGAAUUGGGACAUGUACUUUUCAAUUUCUCUUCUCUGGUAACGUUGGAUCUUCGCUACAACAAUUUUACAGGAAAUAUCCCACACACCAUAGGCUCACUUAAUAGUCUAAACUACCUUCUCCUUAGCAAUAACCAAUUGGGAGGGGAGAUUCCAACCCAGAUUUGUAUGCUGAACAACUUAUCUAUUGUGGAUUUAUCUUUCAAUAAGCUUUAUGGUCCACUCCUUCCUUGUUUGGGUUACUUAACACAAGCCGAAAAGGAUGAAAAGAUAAGGACUCAUUAUUUUAGCAUAGUAUUUCAUCAUCAAUGGUUUAAUUUUUUGGGCUGGAUACAUUUGAAAAGGCACUACCAUGAUCGUCAUGAAAUUCUAGUUUUCUCAUUUUUUAUGGAUGUGGAAACUCUGGUCCAGUUUUCAACGAAAAGAAACUCAUACACUUAUAAGGGAAUCAUUCUAAAUUAUAUGUCAGGUAUUGAUCUCUCAAGUAACAGAUUAACUGGUGAAAUUCCCAUGGAGCUAGGGAAUAUGAGCAAUAUACAUGCAUUGAAUCUAUCCCACAACCAUCUCACCGGAAGAAUACCAAAUACCUUCUCCAAUCUACAGGAAAUCGAGAGUUUAGACCUUUCCCACAACAGAUUGAAUGGGAGCAUUCCUGUUGGUCUACUUGAGCUAAAUGCUUUGGCAAUAUUCACUGUUGCAUACAAUAACUUAUCAGGUGCAGUGCCUGAUUUUAAAUCUCAAUUUGCAACUUUUGACAAAAGCAGCUAUGAAGGAAAUCCUCUUCUUUGUGGUUAUCCAUUAGACAACAACUGUGGUAGUCCUAAAUCGUCAAAUAGGUCCAAGAUUGAUGGAGGUGAGGAUUCAUCAGGCUUGGAGGAUAUUCAGUAUUUUUACAUUGGGUUUGUUGUGUCUUAUGGAGCGAUCUUGUUGGGAUUAGCUACAGCGCUCUACUUCAAUCGUUGUUGGAGAAAAGCAUGGUUUAGGAUGAUAGAGGCAUUGAUGUUUUGUUGUUACUAUUUUCUCUUGGACAACAUUGUUACACCCAACAAGAGCACAUGGUACAGAAAAAUGUUGGUUAGGUAGUUGUUUUAUAAUUUUGUUGUAACCAGUAUUAUGUUGUCAGCCUCUUUUAUCAAAAUUUUGUUUAAU